AUGUCUGGGUACGAUUACCAGGGCUACGGCGAUGGAGGAGGUGGUGGAGGAGGCGGGUAUGGCGGAGGUAAUUGCGGAAACAACAACUUUGCCCGCCGCGCCGAGUGCUUCAAGUGCGGUACUGCGCGCCCCGCCGACGCGGGCGCUGGCGGCGGUGGCGGCGGCGGGCGCGGAGGGCGGGAGGGGGAGGAUCGGUAUGGUGGCGGAAGAGACGACAGGGGGAGUGAUCGCUACGGUGGGGGAAGAGGGGACGAUAGGGGCAGGGGGGACGACAGGGGUAGGGGGGAUGACCGCGGGAGAGAUGACAGGGGAAGGGGGGACGAUAGGCGCGGGGGGGAUGACAGGCGCGGCGGGGACUACGGGUCCCGCGGAGGGGGAAGGGGGGAGUACGACCGCGACGGGGGGCGUGGGGAUGGGGGGCGGGGCGGCGGAGAUAUUGGCGGGCGCGGUGGGGGAGAUUAUGCGCGGGACGACAGGGGCGGUGGCGGCGGGGGAGGGGGAGGGGGCUCCGCAGGCGGGGGAGGGGGAUAUGGGGAGGACGCCGGGGCGGACAGUGGGGGCGGGGGGGUAGCGCCGGGGGUGAAGCAGUGCGACGAGAAUUGCCCUCCGGAUUGCGACAAUGCGCGGAUUUAUAUUUCCGGGAUGCCCAAGGACGUCACCGUCGACGAGCUCUGCAACCUGUUCGGCGGAAUUGGAAUGAUCGCGCGCAUCAAGCAGAAGCGCGGGUACAAGGAUCAGUGGCCGUACAACGUGAAGCUGUACACGGACGAGAGGGGGCAGAACAAGGGCGACGGUGUGCUCACCUACGAGGACCCGCAGGCAGCUCACAGUGCUGGUGGCUUCUUCAAUGGUCACACUCUGCGUGGCAGCACAAUCAAGACGGGAGAAUUGAGCUUCAUUGCUGCUGUGUUGCUGUUUGUCGCCCUGUCUGUUCCUGCACUCUCCCUCCGUCUUUCCUCCCCCACUCCUCUCUCCUCCCCCACUCCUCUCUCCUCCCCCACUCCUCUCUCUUCCCCCACUCCUCUCUCCUCCCCCACUCCUCUCUCCUCCCCCACUCCUCUCUCCUCCCCCACUCCUCUCUCCUCCCCCACUCCUCUCUCCUCCCCCACUCCUCUCUCCUCCCCCACUCCUCUCUCCUCCCCCACUCCUCUCUCCUCCCCCACUCCUCUCUCCUCCCCCACUCCUCUCUCUUCCCCCACUCCUCUCUCUUUCCCCAUUCCUCUCUCCUUCCGCGCUUCUCUCUCUUCCCCCACUCCUCUCCCCUCCCCCGCUCGUCUCUUCAGCCCCACUCCCCUUGCACUUCGUCCUCCGUACUUCCUCACUCAUCCCUCUUCGUGUGUCCGUAAUUGCAGUGGAGGUUUCAGGGGAGGUCGAGGGGGGUUCGGAGGAGGGGGGGGGUUCAGAGGGGGAGGAGGGCCGGACCGCAGGGACUUCGACAGGGGAAGGCCCCGCCCCUACUAA